AUGUCCAAGAGCCAAAAGAGCGAAAAGGACUCAAAACACUCGUUAAAGCUUCCGACCACAGCUCGUCGCCUGUCGUCCGCUUCGCCCGCUCCUUCGGGGUCCAAAUCCGCCACCCCUGCCGCUCAACACCGAGUAAAAGUCGAUCGUCCGUCGCCGUCUGCUUCCGCAAAGACUCCGCCGUUGCGUACAUCUUCGACUGCUCCACGUAGUCAGGCAACUACCCGUUCCGUCCAAGCUAAACUUAGCGAAACCCGUGCGAUGGCUCUCAGCAACUUCGUCAGUGUCUCCGACAGACUGGUGCACUUUGAGAGUCGGGUCAGAGGGCCUGUAGCCGAAGACGACAAUGUACACACGUACGAGAUCCGUCGUGACCGGCUGCAAGCCCUCUGGGACAAUGUCGAAGCCGCCUAUUCCACAUGCGCUGAUGCACUGCAUCGAGACGGCGACAGUGAAGGCACACAGGCCAUGGAGGCGAAAUACGAUCACUGCUAUGCAGUGUAUGAGCGGUGUCUCGCCCGUGUUAAGGGGCAAAUUACCCAAGUUUACGGGUCCAGCAGGAGUAAAGCAUCCGUUCCUCCUGUAUACUCCAGUGGCUGCCGGCUCCCUCCAGUCGACACCGAAGUGUUCCGUGGGGAUUACUUGCGGUGGCCGACCUUCCGUGACCUUUUCACGGCCAUCUAUGUCAACAAUCCAAGGUUGACUCCGGUUGAGAAACUUUUCCAUUUGAAUUCGAAGAUCGCAGAUGAGGCCAAUGAAAUCGUAGCCAAAUUUCCGCUGACAAACGAUGGUUUCGCGUCGGCUUGGGGUGCUCUCUGCGAACGAUUUGAAAACAAGCGCUUUUUAAUAACAAGCCAGUUAAAAAUCCUGUUCAACCUGUCCACGGUUACCCAAGAGUCGGGAGCAGCAAUCAAGGAGCUGCAGAGCACGAUUCAGCGUUGCUUGACCGCUCUUGAGCAUUCAGAUAUUUCCGUCUGUAGCCCGGUUGCAAAUUGCAUCCUCGUUUUCCUCUGCUCGUCCAAACUCCCCAAGCUCACACUCUCGUUGUGGGAGCAAUCUUUGGUGGACAAAGCGAAAAUUCCCGCAUGGCAGGAUAUGAGCACGUUCCUCAAUGAGCGCUGUCGUACGCUCGAAGCGAUUGAGGACGUGAAACAAAAUGCCAACCCACAGAACGCAACUGCAGUACCAUCCCGUCCGCAGAAUUCCAAGCGGGUCAACUCUUUUGAGGCCCGAGUCACUCCGAAAGGCAAAUCGUGUGACUUGUGCUCAAAGGAGAAUCACCCUGUCCGGAAUGUCCUUCUCGGCACGGCGGUCAUCAAUGUAUGCCACUUGGGAACUACAUACACCGCACGUGCGCUAAUUGAUUCCGGGUCCGAAGCGAUCUUCAUUUCUGAGCGUCUGUUCCAACGCAUCAAGUUGCCUUUCCAGUCCGUGCGAGCCCAGGUAUCCGGGCUAAAUCACGCAGUUGCGGCCCAAUCGCAGAAGUUAUGUCACUUCAGCAUUGGUUCUCCGAUGAAGCCGAGGCUCCAUAUCGAGACUUCGGCAUUCGUAAUUCCACAGUUGGCAGGCAAGCUGCCCUCCUUCGAUACGCCGCGAACUUUCCUAAGGAAUCUACCAGCGAUAGAACUGGCAGAUCCACACUUCUACAAGAGCGCUCAGAUUGAUAUUCUAAUUGGCGCGGAUAUCCUUCCGUCGUUCAUCUUGAGCGGCUCCCGGCCAAACAUUUGUGGCUCACUCCUUGGGCAGGAAACCGUGUUUGGCUGGAUUCUUACCGACCCCGUCUCCCAGAAUGUGUCGACAACUUUUUCUGCGUUUUCGACAAGAGUCGCCCUCCAAGUAGACGAACAGCUCGACAGCCUACUUUCCAAAUUUUGGGAGGUGGAGGAUAUUCCAGCGAAGCUGAUAAAGGAGUCAGACUUCGUUUGCGAAGAAAACUUCGUUAAGACUACUUCUCGUAGCAAAUGUGGUAGAUAUCGGGUGACUCUUCCAUUCCGGAAGCCCGAUGGCAUUGAACUGGGUCAUUCCAGAUCUAUAGCGCUGGCUCAAUUCCUCAAGAACGAGAAUCGUUUGACAAGAGAUGAUUCUCUAAAGGAACAGUACAAUGCCGUUCUUCAGGAGUACGUGGACUUGGGUCAUAUGACACCCAUAUCGCCUCAGGCGAUUGUCACGACUCCUAAUUUAUACCUGCCUCACCACGCCGUGUUCAAACCAGAUAGCACCACAACGAAGGUCCGGAUCCUCAGAUGGCGAUACUAUCGGUAUGUGUUCAAUAUGGACAUAACGAAGAUGUAUCGCCAAAUCCUCAUGGACUCGAAGCUCACACCGUUCCAACGAAUUCUGUUCCGUACGUCGGACGGUGAGAUCCGUGACUUCGAGUUGAGCACAGUGACAUUCGGCGUCAACUGUGCGCCUUUCCUGGCUCUACGAGUCCUCCAGCAGCUUGCUGAUGACACACGCUUGGAGUAUCCUCUCGCAAGCCGAGUCAUUUCCAACAACAUGUACGUGGACGACGUCCUGGCGGGGACACACACGAAAGAAGAGGCCAUCCGGACCAUUGCGGAAGUGUGUGCAGCCCUGGACAGCGCUGGCUUCCCGCUGAGGAAUACGGCGAAAACUCUGGGCAUCAGGUGGCAAGCUCACGAUGACGAGUUCUUCUUCAUGCCACCAGAAGUUGCCCAUCAGGACUGCUACACGAAGAGGGAAGUGCUUUCGCAAAUCGCUAAGCUUUUCGACCCAGCCGGGUGGCUGGCCCCUUUCGUUAUCCGACCCAAGAUCUUCAUGCAGGAGAUAUGGCUGAGAACGCUCGAAUGGGACGAGCAUUUACCCACGGAUCUUUUACUCCAAUGGAAGGAGUACCUCCAGAGCUAUCCUGCUCUGGGAAAGAUCCGGAUUCCAAGAUGGGUCCAAUUCCAGACACGAGUGAAGCUCCAGUACCACGGAUUCUGUGAUGCAUCAGAAAGGGCGUAUAGAGCAGCGAUCCAUGUCCGUGUGGAGAUGGCGAGCAAGGUUUCCACACAUCUCCUUACUGCGAAGACAAAGGUGGCUCCUGUCAAGUCUCUCUCAGUGCCACGUUUGGAGCUUUGUGGCGCAGACCUGUUAGCUGAGUUAUCUGCAGCCCUCCUCCUGAAUCUGCCAGCAGAAAGUUUCCAGACUUUCUUUUGGACUGAUUCAACAAUUGUUCUCGCCUGGUUGAACAAGCCACCCUGCAGAUGGACAACCUUUGUGGCCAAUCGUGUGGCCAAAAUCGUCCAAGCCAGCGACGCCAAGAACUGGUCGCAUGUGCGAUCCGAGCACAAUCCGGCAGAUCUUGCAAGCCGAGGUGUCCUGCCACAAGAAUUGAUGCGUAAUCCUUUGUGGUGGCAUGGACCAGAGUGGCUUCAUCUCCCGUCGGAUCAAUGGCCAACAUCUCCAAGUCCCAUUCCGGAGACUCUGCUGGAGCAGCGGAUUAAGUGCAACGUCGCUAAGUUACCUCCUACUCCUGACUUCCUGAAUAAGUUCUCUGAGUUUGGCAAUGCACUGCGCACGUCUGCCUAUGUUCUCAGAUUCAGUGAUAGAAGUCGGAAGUUGGCAGUUCCGAGCUCUACCGUGGUCCAAGCGGAUGAGCUGUCACGGAUCCAAGAGCGGCUAAUCGUCAUGGCUCAACGACAAACUUUUCAACAAGAAUACCACUGUCUGCAGUCCAAGCAGCAGGUUCCUUCCUCAAGUUCAGUCCGAAACUUGAACUCUUUCCUCGAUGGCAAGGGGAUUCUACGGGCCUGUGGGCGUCUGAGGGCGUCCCACUCGCUGCGUUAUGAUGAGAGUCAUCCAAUCAUCCUCUCGUAUUCCUCGUCCUUUGCACGACUACUGGUUCGUUUCACCCAUCGUAUAUCCUUACAUGGGGGUAACCAAGUCGUCAUGCGGCUGAUCCGUUCCAGAUUCUGGAUUCCAAAAUUGAAGGUCCUCGUUAAAUCCACCAUCAACUCCUGCAAGGUUUGCGUCAUCUACAAGAAGAGAUUGCAGACCCAAAUGAUGGGGGACUUGCCCAAGGAAAGGGCGUCCUACUCGAGACCUUUCACGCACACUGGAGUCGACUUCGCCGGCCCAUUCGAAAUAAAGAAUUACACUGGCCGAGCCUGCCUCAUCACCAAAGGGUAUAUCUGCGUCUUCGUGUGCUUCAGCGCGAAGGCGAUCCACUUGGAGGCAACAUCGGAUCUCACGACGGAGAAAUUCCUGGCCGCAUUCUCCCGUUUCAUCGCACGGCGCGGGUGUCCAUACCAGAUGUACUCGGACAACGGGAAAACCUUCGUUGGAGCUGACAAGGUGAUCUCCAACGACUUCUUGGAAGCGACGAGGGAGUGCGUCAUCGCACAACACGCCCACAAGAGCCUAUCCUGGCACUUCAACCCGCCGGGUGCCCCUCAUAUGGGUGGAUUAUGGGAAGCCGUAAAGAGUUUCAAGGCACUCUUUUACAAGGCGACCUCCACCGGGAAGUAUACGUUCGAAAAGUUGUCUACUCUUCUCGCUAAGAUCGAAGCCUGCCUGAACUCGAGGCCGAUUACCCCUUUGUACGAGGACCCUUCGGACUUACUAGCGCUCACUCCUGGCCAUUUCCUCGUAGGUGGCCCACUUAUUUCGGUGUUGGGACCACCAAUUAACCAACCGGCCACCUCCAUCCUCAAUCGGUGGCAGCGACUGAAGGCUCUUCACCAACAAUUUUGUUUCCGUUGGAAAGAUGAGUACCUGAAGGAGCUGCACAAAAAGACGAAAUGGCAAUCCCCUACAUGGAACCUUCGGAUCGGUGACAUGGUCGUCAUAAAAGAAGACAACCUCCCCUCGAACGAGUGGCGCCUAGGACGGGUGCUGACGACGUGUCCAGGCACCGAUGCCAAGGUCCGAGUUUUAGAUGUGCUCACGGCGCGGGGUACUAUCCGAAGACCCGUUGCCAAACUCAUUCUACUCCCGAUGGACAGCAAGACUGACCCCUCCACGUCAGAAGGACUGAAAGACGGAUAA